AUGACUGGAGGAUCACCAUCAUCAAUAGAAGAAAACGACCACCAUUUAAGGAAAAAGAGGGUUGGAAAGGCAUGCGAUUCGUGUCGUAUAAAAAAAACGAAAUGUGACGGUAAAAAACCAUGCAAUCGUUGUAUGUUGGAUAACAAGAUCUGUGUAUUCACGGAGAAGAAGAAGGUUAAGGACAAAUCGCAUCCUAACGGUUAUGUUGAGUUACUCGAGACCAGAUUAGAUUUGUUGAGGAAAUCGUUGGAAAAGAUGAUUCAAUUGUCUAGACCACAUUUACCAUUCUUAAAUGAGCUUAUGGACGAAGAGACUGAAGAAAACGAUGUUAUACCCAUUAACAGGGUCGUGCAGUAUUUGAUCAAUAAUGAGGGAUUAUUAUACAAGGUUCCAGUAGAAUGGGAAAACGGUGCUUUAAUUGCUGCCAAUUUGGAAGCGGACUCGAAGAACAUUCUGGAGGCAGCAAAGAAAUUCUAUGAUCAUAAGGUGGAUGCACUGGACAAUCCUGGUAGAACAAACUACUACGAAGAGGCUACGAAGGAUAAAGCGCUCAAUGAAGAAAAGGAUAAUUCGCGCAUACAAAAUGGCUCAAAAUUGGCGGAUACUUUAAAUGAAGAAUUAUCGGAUGGCGGUAACUCUCCGACUUCAACCAGCCUUACAGAGAAGUUAAAUUUAGAUGACUUUUCGCUUGGAGGAUAUUCAUCGAAUUUACUAUUGGGCAACGCAUAUCCUGAUAUAUUUUCUGAUUUUGAAAGCGAUUCGAAUAAUUCUGUAAAUUAUGCGCAUAAUAUACCCUUCGGAAAUAGCCGUCAAAGCUCGGCUAACACUAAUGGUAACGCAUCACUUUUUACCCCUAUACCGAUUUCUAAUUCCGUGACUUCGUUGACCAAUGAGUUUGAAAACCAUGGUAUCCAUUCUCCUACGAGCAUUGGGUCUAUAUUACCAAGCCAAACAAGUACGUCACUUAGGAGGUCUUCCUCAUUACACAAUCAAAGACCAUUCUCUCCAUCUCAUCAGAAAAUGAAGAACAAUGGCCAUAUAUUUAAGCCGCAGCAUACUGGAAGUUCACAUUCACAUUUAAACCUGGUAUAUGUGAGCAAUAAUGGCAACGAAUUCCAUCUUCAAAAGAAAUUAAGUUCUUCAAGUUCAAGCGCUGCCCUGACACCUGCCACGACUGCAAUUUCGCCAAUUAACACGAAAUUAGAAGAGGAAUCAACCUUACCCUCUGACGCAAUUCAGUUGCAAAAUUUUAAUUACGAGGGGUUGAAUAUUAUGGACACUGCGAAUAUAGAUAGUUUUAUGAUUAACAAUCCAUUUAUGAAGUAA